GUGUGUCUGUGUAUAGACUCUGGCCAUUGCGGCUACUCCCUCUAGGUGGGGCCUUUGACUCACUGCCCCUCACUGUCCCCCCAGCCAAAGUGAGGGGUGCCACAGCCACUCAAAGGCUCCAGGUGGUGUGGUGUGGGUGGGCCAUCAGGCAGACCUUGUUGACUGACAACCCAGCGACACCUCUUUCCCUGCCAUGUGCUCUUGGCCGUGAUGGCUGCAGGCCUAGGCCUAGCCCUUCCUCCUCCCCCCUUCCCCCACACAGACAACAUGACUUAUUUGACCCAUCAGUCAAGCUACUCGCAUUUUCAUGAAACACUUGGAAUCCAACCUGGAGAAGCACAUUUAUUUCUAAAUGGCCUUCCUAUUGACUUGGAUUUUCAUGAUCCUUUUAGUAUCUUAGAGACUCUUAAACUGGAAGGAAAAGUGAUGCACGGCCUUCAUGAACUUGGAAUCAAAGAGGAGACCCUGAGUAAAUUUAUGAGGUUGCAUAUACAUCCUACAGAUAACAGUUAUGCGCUAGAUAUUCGUCACUCUUCGAUAGUAUGGAUUAAUAACAUAGAACAAGAUCACAGCUAUAGCACGUGGCCUGAAAGCUAUCAGGAACUGCUAAGACCCACACUUCCUGGAGUUCUGCAGCAGAUUAGACGCAAUUUACAUAAUUUGGUACUUUUUGUUGAUCCUGUCCAAGAAGAUACAGUUGAUUAUAUGAAAGUGGCAGAGUUAUUCCACCAUUAUAAUGUACCACUUAG